AUGUCUGAAAGUGUUUUUUCGAGGCUAUCCGAUGAUGUAAUUCUUAACAUCCUUUACAAGCUUGAGGAUGAUCCCCGACACUGGGCUAGGAUCGCCUGCCUUUCCACUAAAUUCGCCUCUCUUGUCCAGACUGUGUGUUGCAAAAGCAAAUGUUCACAGUCUAUAUCUGCCGUUGUUUCCGAUCUACUUUCCAAUAUCUCCACUUCUGGCGGUGCCACCUCGCCGCCGGGCGGCUGGGCCUCCCUUUACAAGCUUUCUGUCUGCUGCCCCGGCCUCCUCCACUCUGGUGUGCUCCUUGAGAACUCCGAUUUCGGGCUGGAGCGGGAGCUUGGUCCCGACGAGAAUUAUCGAGAAAAUAAGGUAUUCCCAUUGAAAAAAUCUGAAACAAUUUCUUCUUCAAGCGGGAGUAAUUCUGAGUUAACUGUGUCUGAGUUGGAUUGUGGAUGGUCCUUGUACGAUGAUUUAGUUUUUGAUACCGUUUAUAAUGCUUCGGAAUCUUCAUCUCAAGACCAUGUUGAAAUACCUUAUGAGCAGCCCGAGAUUAAGGAUAGGGAGAAAUGUGGACAAUGA